GCCAUGAUUCUCAGGCCUCCCCAGCCAUGUGGAACUGAUUUGGAAUGCCCUGACGGAUAAUUAUGGGAAUGUGAUGCCUGUAGACUGGAAGUCAUCGCAUACUAGGACCUUGCACUUGCUUACUCUGAACCUCUCAGAAAAAGGGGUAAGUGACAGUUUGCUCUUUGAUACGUCAGAUGAUGAAGAGCUGAGAGAACAGCUGGAUAUGCACUCAAUCAUCGUCUCCUGUGUUAGUGAUGAGCCCCUCUUCACGGCAGACCAGGUUAUUGAAGAAAUUGAAGAAAUGAUGCAGGAAUCACCGGACCCAGAAGAUGAUGAAACCCCCACACAGUCAGAUCGGCUUUCAAUGCUUUCCCAGGAAAUUCAAACUCUUAAGAGGUCUAGUACCAGCAGUUAUGAAGAGAGAGUGAAAAGGCUCUCAGUGUCUGAGUUAAAUGAAAUCCUAGAAGAAAUUGAGACUGCCAUUAAGGAGUACUCUGAGGAGCUGGUGCAGCAGUUGGCUUUACGAGAUGAACUGGAGUUUGAAAAGGAAGUGAAAAACAGCUUUAUUUCUGUUCUUAUUGAAGUGCAAAACAAACAGAAAGAGCACAAAGAAACAGCAAAAAAGAAAAAGAAGCUAAAAAAUGGCAGCUCUCAGAAUGGGAAGAAUGAGAGAAGUCAUAUGCCUGGCACAUAUUUGACUACAGUCAUUCCUUAUGAGAAGAAAAACGGACCACCAUCUGUUGAAGAUCUUCAAAUAUUAACAAAAAUUCUUCGUGCCAUGAAGGAGGACAGUGAAAAAGUUCCGAGCUUGUUAACUGAUUAUAUUCUGAAAGAGCCCAUUGCUACAGUGUGUGAGCAGAUGAAACCCUGAUUAGUCCCAGAAUGCUACAAAGGAGAAGAGGAGGACUUUUUUUUUUUUUAGAGUAUGCUGAGCUGCUGUGGAGUGACAGAACUCAAAGUCUCUUUGUAGUCAGGCUUCCCCUGAUUUUGCUUGGUAAAGUCUUUCUUCUUCAGC